AUGAAUAAAACCUGCCGAUUAUGCUUAAAUGAAAGCUCCGAAUAUAUGCACGAAAUAUGUGAAGAUUCUGCAUUAACUAAGAACAUAUUUAAAUGUUUUUCAUUUGAGUUAAAAUUUAAGGAUAAUUUACCGAAGAAUGUAUGUUCGUCUUGUUAUAAUAAAAUUGAAGAUAUGAUUUUAUUCCGAGAAAGAAUAAUUGAAAAUGAAAAAAAGUUACUUAGUAAGCUACAAAGUUUAGACCACAAUCAUUUAACAGAGUCAAAGAAAGAAGUUGAGUAUAAUAGUGAAUCAAAUCAAAGCAGUUUAUCUACGUACCACACAUAUGUAAAAAACCUCAACCCUGCAACAGCUUCCUGGGUAUGCAAAGUAAAAAAAGACUUAGUUGAUAUACAAAAGGUAUUAAAUGGACAAAAGUUGAUGUGUCUAAUGUGUUUUAAUAUAUUUGGCUCGCAAAAACGUCUUUUGGACCAUUAUUUCAAUGAAGAAGUUAAAACAUCAGUAGCUGAAUUCAUUCUCGAAAACUCAGACGGUAAAUUUGUUUGUCAGAAGUGUAAAAGACAAUUUAAAACUCGAAAUAAAAUCGUGCAGCACAUUUGUAGUGAGCAUGAUGAGAAAAUGUCAUUUUCGUGUAAACUUUGUGGAAAAAUGUACAAAGAAGUAAUGGCUUUAAUAAACCAUGGCCAGAGAUCUCAUGGUCUGAAAGAGUUUUUCUGUUCAUUUAAAUGUGGGUACAGCACCGGUUAUAUAAAUGGACUGAAGAACCAUGAAAAAUCCCAUACAAGGGAGUAUAAGUAUACUUGUAAGGAGUGUAACAAAGGGUUUAAUGUUAGAACUUGGUACAAAGAACACCAAAACAUACAUAAAGGCAUCAAGGAGUUCAAAUGCAACAUCUGUGGAGCGGCUUUUCAUGUGAAAAGAUAUCUUUCAACACACAAAACAUCAGUUCACCCAGAAUCAUUGACCAAAAAACGCUAUGCUUGUCCGUUUUGUGCGCUGGAGUAUGCCUCAAGAGGACAACUUAAUUUGCAUUUAAAGGAGCAUGGAGUAACAAAUGACUGUCUGUGUGACCAGUGUGGGAAAGUGCUGAAGGAUGUAAAGCGUCUGGCUGCUCAUAAACUUCAGCACAGUACAGCGCGACCAUACAUGUGUGGAAAGUGUAACAAAACAUUCGCAAAGAAAUACAACUGGAAAAUUCAUCAGAACACCCAUACAAAUGAGAAGCUGUACAAGUGUCUUAUUUGUGAAAAGGCAUUUUCACAACAGAGCGCUCUCAACAGACACACAGUGAGCAAACAUCCAAAAGACGAACCGCUGCAGAGAACAAGAAACCAAUUGAGAAAUGUCAACGACCUUCAACCGCCGAAAGAAUAA